CCGCCGCUAGGUGGGGGGGGGAGCCCGGCCCCGGCCGCCCCGGCCGCACAACAAUGACUUUGGGCAGCAGCGGCGGCGGCGGCUGCGGGAUCAUGUCCGAGCGCUCCCCGGAGGAAGAGCCGCUCUCCGAGGUGGAGGACGCGGAUAUCGACGUGGUGGGCCCGCCCCAGGAUGGGGGCAAGUACAGCGAGGAGGAGGAGGACGACGAGGACGAGGAGGAGGAGGACGAGGAGGACGGCGGCGAUCCGCUGGGGCUGGCGCUGCCGCGGAGCGGGGCCGCCAAGGCGCGCAUGGGGGGGUCCCCGGAGCGGCUGUCCCCCGCCGGCGGCUCCGAGCCCGCCUGCGCCCGCGGCGCCGCGCCCGGGGACAAGGCGCCCGCGGGCAGCGGCGGCGGCGGCGGCGCGGGGGGGAAGAACCCGCUGGUGAAGCCGCCCUACUCCUACAUCGCCCUCAUCACCAUGGCCAUCCUACAGAGCCCCAAGAAGCGGCUGACGCUGAGCGAGAUCUGCGAGUUCAUCAGCGGGCGCUUUCCGUACUACCGGGAGAAGUUCCCCGCCUGGCAGAACAGCAUCCGCCACAACCUCUCCCUCAACGACUGCUUCGUCAAGAUCCCCCGGGAGCCCGGCAACCCGGGCAAGGGCAACUACUGGACGCUGGACCCCGAGUCCGCCGACAUGUUCGACAACGGGAGCUUCCUGCGCCGGAGGAAGCGCUUCAAGAGGCAGCAGCAGCUGCACCCGCCGCACCCCGAGCUGCUGCUGCGGGCCGGGGCCGCCGACCCCGCCGCAUUCCUGCCCGGCUUCGCCUACGGACCCUACGGCUACAACUACGGCCUGCAGCUCCAGGGCUAUCCACCACCACCACCACCCCGGCGGCGGAGGCGGCGGGCCGCGGGCGCCUUCCCCUUCCCGGCGCCGCACUGCCCGUUACCGGCUCCGCCGCCUCCCGCCGCCGCCUCCGUCUUCUCCGCCGCCUCGGGGCUGCCCUCCUUCCUGGGCGGCGAGCUGAACUGCAGGAAGUCCUUCUACCACCCUCAGCUGAGCCCCACCGCCUUGCCCGCCGCCCUCCUCCAGACCCUCAAGCCGGACCCCUCGCCCGCCGGCGGCGGCGGCGGCGGCGGCAGCGGCGGCACCAACCACCCCUCCCGGCCCUCUUUUUCCAUAGACAACAUCAUCGGGGGGGCCGUGCCCCCGCCGCCCAGCACCAACCCCAGCGUCGCGCCCGCCGCGCCCUACCCCGCCGGCCAGGCGGGCCCCCCGGCACAGGUCCUGGCCGUGCUCAGCCCCGCCUUGGCCCCGGCACAGCCCCAGGUCAGCCUGGCACACGAGCCGCUCCUCCAGCCGGCCCAGAACUUUUCCAGUAAAAUCACAACCCUCAGCAGCUGUCAUUUUUAAAGUGUGCUGGGGCCUGGGGAAGGUGGUGGUGGGGGGAGAGUCGCAAAGCAAACGGCCCCUUUCCAGCUCUCCCCCCCCCCCCCGAAACCGCCCCCCUUCCCCCCCCCCCUGUCCCCUUCCCCCCCCCCCCCCCCCCGAUCUUCUUCUGUUGUGUUUUAAGGAGAUGCUGUGAACCACACGCAGAUGAGGCUCAGCCAUGAGAGAACCAUUCCCACAGACACUGCUGGAGAGGAGAUUCUGGAGCUUUGGAUGAAAUCCCACAGAUUUUUCAUGGAAGCAGAACGGCAGGAAGACAAUCAGGAAAGAAGAGGAGUAAUAUACUAUUCUCAUGGGCAUUUGUUGCAUUUCUCUGUUUGCUUUGCUGCAUUGUUUCCUCUUCCUCCAGCCACAUACUGCAGGAUUAUGGCAAAUGAAUUAAGGGAUUAAAUCAUAAGGGAAAAUUAGGAUCAUGCUGAUUUAGAAGCAGAAAUCAGAUGGGCUCAUUGAAACUCUAGAUGAUGCAAGAGAAUCUUGGGUGGUGCUGUGGAUGUAGGUCACAGGAUAAUUCAAGUUCUUGGAAACCUCUGAAGGUCUCUGGUCCAACAGCCCUAAAGCAGAGUCAGCUUGGAUUAGAUUGCCCACAGCUUUGUACAGUGAGGUUUUGAAUGUUCCCAAGGACGGAGAUUCCCCACAGCUCUGGUCCCCUGUGCUCAGGGUGAAUUUCCCCCAGUAUCUAAUCAAAGCUUUCUCUUCUGAAACUUGUAUUCCUUCCCUUUCAUUUUAUGUCUGUGUGUACACUGGGGGUAUGUCCAUGUGCAUCAGGACUUAUUCAGGUCCUGUUGUAAACCAUAUUGUUAGGCACAAGCUUCAGAGAUGGUCCCACCUUAGACAGUGGAUUCUGGGCAUCCUGAACACCUUGGACUCUCCCAGUGUGAGCAGGCCUGGAUGGAGGUCUCACCUCUCCAUGGUGCAUCAGCACUGCUGUUGAGUCGCUCUCACCUGUAUGACAGGGUGAGGAUUUGCUGCUGCUGUGACUGGAGACCCCCCAGCAAACGCUCCCACAACCCAUUUUCAGGGCCAUUCAGGAGAUGGUGAGUCUGGGGGAAAAGGACAUGUGGUGGCCUUUGGUCUGCUGCACCUACCUGGGGAAAAAAGGACAUAGACAAUAAAGGUCACCUGCUCACCUUCCUUGCUGAUAACUGAGUCAAGCAAUUCCUUCUCCCCAGUGCCCUGAGCACUCCUCCAGACUGCCUGGGGUCACAGAGUGUGAGGCCACGCUCAGAAACAGCCCUUGGUGACAGGCUCACAGACAGGUGGACCUCUUCCAGUACAUUUUGGCAGCUGGGGAUCAUCUCAGUGAAAGACAGAGCUGUGACGUGUUUGGCUGUGCCUUGCAGAAGAGAAGAAGAAAUAAAAGAAGAAAAGAAAAGAGAAAAAGGGAAAAAGUUCUUUACGAUCUCACAGCCUGUCUCUGCCACUGGGAAUGGAUGUGAGGGCUUGUUCAGGGAAGAGGUAGCCUGGCCCUGUGCAGUGAGGAAGGGAGAGGCAGAAGUCGUGAAACAGCGCUCUGUUUGGACUCAGAUUUGAUUUGCAUGGUUAAAACUUGCUGAUCCCAUACAAGGUUCUCCUGGCUGAGAGCUGAACUUGGUUCCACAG